GCCAUGGAAUUAUCUAUGUAUCUCAGAAAGUUUUCUACUAUCUCUGGUUUCUUCUAGUGAAAACAGAAAAUGAUGUCACUUCAUGACUAUACAGUCAAAUGUUCUUGAUGAUGAUUGUAAUACCAUUAUUUCCGUCUCAUGGUCUGUGAAAAGGAUACAUGUACAUUCUCUCCUAUAUGUUAGGAAGGUUUGAGUCUCUUCAUUAUCUUCUCUUUGAUGUUCUCCUCUUAAUUAAAUGAAUGAGACCUGACAUCCUCCAGAAAGGAAAAGUAUUGGUCCUCUAGUAUCUCUUGUAUUGAAGAACCAGGAGACCACAUGUGGCCAACCUCUCUCUCGUCCCUCAAGAUCCCCUCGUCACCAUACAAGUGAGAGAUCAUGUGACUUUUGAUGAUAGUCAUGUGAUGUUGUGUAGGUAAGGAUGAGGAGUGGGUGGAGUGAGGGGAAGUGUGGUCAGAAAAGAAGUUGUGAUGAUGAAAGCUAUGCUACCUCCUGAAGGUUCCCUGUCAUGGACUGGUGAUAUAUUAUGUAGUGGGUCAAUAUUACAGUGGGACCCACGUCUACCAGGACACUAUUAGACCACACCCACGAUUGAAGUCUGUGGGACUCACUGGUCACCAAAUCAUCAGCAACUCGUGUUAGGAGGAAAUGAUAAUAAUUAUAGCUGCAGCUAAUAUCAUAAGAUGAUUUCUGGUUUUUCCACUAUUGCUGCUGCAGUUGUCAUUCUAUUGUGCAUCACUGCUCAAUGCACAGCUCAAGAUACUGACUGCUCUGCUCUGGCCACUAAUGGUGACUGCAGUUUCUAUGAUUGCUUGAGUGCUAGAUUCCGUUGCAACAGCAAGGACUAUCCUCUUCGCCGUGGUAAAACUGACUGUCAGAAAUACACUGAUGAAUCAAGUUGCUUCACAAAAUCAGGUCAAGCAUGGCUUUCUAGAGUUCGUAGAUGUUUGAUGCAGUCUAUUGUUAGCAGUGCUGUCUAUAAUAAUGAAAGUGCUACUUGUGACGAUUUGAAAGAUUUUGCAAUUGGAAGUCGUCCUAAAUGUUACGUUGAUAAUGGGUUCUGUACAAGUAUAUUUUUAUCACCUCAAUGUCAGAACCUUAAUUGUAUUCAAAAUAGAAUUUAUCCUGAUAAUAAAAGGUAUAGUACACAGUCGAGAGCUCAGAUUAUAAAGACAACUGAGUCUUGCCCUUCCCAGAUAUCUACAUUCCUUACUGAUGCUCAGCAGCAGUGCAGUUUGGAUAGUCCAGACAGUGCUCUUCCAGCCGUUAUACAUGAUCAUUUAGAUUGUACUGCAAGGGCUUUCGAUUUCAUGAUCUUAUUGGAUGCAUCUGGAAGUGUUGGGGCUGAUAACUUUGAGAUAAUGAAAAACUUUGUUGCAAACAUGCUGUCUAACUUUACCAUUGGACCAGAUGACACUCGUGUUGGAGUCAUUAGUUUUGCUAGCAGUCCAUCUAUUGUUAUCUCAUUGGGUUCCAUUAAUACUUAUUCACAAUUGGCUACUGCUAUUAGAGCUAUAUCAUACACUUCAGGAGGAACAAACACUGCUGCAGCAUUGGAUUUACUAAGCACAGCAUUUGCUACUGCUCGUGUUAGUGAAGGUAUCCCUCGUGUAGCUGCUGUUUUUACUGAUGGAAUGUCUAAUGACGCUGCAGCAACAGUACAAUCUGCGCAAGCUGUCCAUAAUGACAAGAUUACUGUUUUCUCUUUUGGUAUUGGAAGUGGUGUCAGUAAUGCUGAAUUAGUUGCCAUUGCUUCAGAUGGUCAACAAGGUGUUUUUACUAUCAGUGGUUUUUCAUCUAAUACUUUUCAGGCUGUAUUGACACAACUACAGCUAUCAACAUGUUUAACCCCAACAUCAACUGAGAACGGAAUGGAGAUUGCUACUACCCUUCCAAAAGGAUCAUCUCGUUUGUUACAGUAUGGGUUUCCACCAAUGGGAAUGACACUAAAAGUUGAUGUUACAGUGGGAAAUUUGGCAGUUCGUGGAUCAUUUAGUGUCCAAAAUCCAAAUGAGCUCACACAAGAUUUCUCUGUCAUGAGCAAUGGAAAUGAUAUCGAUUAUUUCAUUAGUCCAGAGUUAUAUGUACAGUCAACUACUGAUGAUGACAAUGGUGGAAGUCGCAGAAAGAGACAGACAUCAAUACCCACUAAUAUCACUAAUGCUAAUGUGUACUUGUCUAUUGUUGGAUUGAAUGAUAACAAUACAUUUGUAUUGAAUACUACUUUUGGUGAUACUACUGAGUACAUUCCAACAAGCACUGGUACCAGUGUUCUGGGCUCAAUGAUACUUAUAAUGGCUGCUUUGCUCUGUUUCCUCCUCUUUAUAUAAAUAUGGGAAGCUUGUCUUUGACUUUUUUAUUAGUAGCAUAGCAUUUUUAAUAUGCUUCUUUUUUUAUUGUUAGAUCCAUAUGCUGCAUUGUUUUUUUUAAAGUGAACAUUUGAUUUUAUUAGCAAUUUUUUCCUGUUAAUUUUUUGUGAUAACAUUUUUUCAAUAAUGAUGCCAGAUAGCCUGACAGUUAAUCAAGCAAA